AUGCUUCGGCGCUUUCAAGGUGACGGGCACGGUUUAUUAUCUACAAUUCAGGUGCCGGGUCACGGUUGUUCCAGUGGCAAAAAGAAAGCAGAGCAAGAAGAAGCGCGCGACAGUCGACAAACAGCAGUCAUGGAGUGGUUGCGAGAAGGUGUGACUAUCAUGCUUAUGCUACUAGAUACAUGGUUACACGAACAAGUCCCAAUCUCAUUGCACCUUUGUACGCGGGUCGAUCAAGGGGCUAUUUUACAAGCUGUGCGACCUACCAAUAUUGUUUUGCAGGUGUGGGGUAGACACUAA